GUUGACUGUGUCCUGGCCUAUUCUGAAUAGUGUGGGGGUUCUGAUCCAUGGGUAUCAUCAGACCCCCUAUGAGCCAAAUUAGAAACCACUGGGGAUAUAACAUAGCAAAGUCGUGUGGGAUUGGAAAGAAUAACUACUCUCCUGACUUACAGGCAGCUGCAGUUUGACCAGUAUUUCGCCUAGAACCUAAAAUAGCUUCGAAUUGGGUUUCAAUUCCAACGUCGCCAGGUACCGAUGUGUUAUGUCACCCAGAGCAUGUAUUGUAACAGCGCGUCCCCAGCCUCGGACAUCCUUCUCUUCCCAAAUUGUCUGCUCUCCAUGGAUAGGUUAGAUCUCCUGUUCUAUUCGUGCUGUGAACUCUUUGAUAGAUACACCUACAUGCUCCCGGAGCAGGCCGUGAAGAAACGACUCAGACCCGGUGAACUGGGGUACAAAAGACACGGACCUCAGUUCGCUACGAUUGCGCAACAUGACAAUGAUGAGCUGCGUGCCCUGGAACUGGUUCGCGGGGACAUGAAUACUCCUGUACCGAAGCUCAUACACCAGGGCAACGAGUAUUCAUGAUAGCAUUCCAUCCAAUAGAUAUUCUUUUAGCCCCGGAUCUCAGAUUGUGUUGGUCCAGACUCAAUAUCUUCGAGCGAAUUCCGGGGUUCACAGUCUUCGAAGGUAACGCGUGGGAGCAGAUCUCCCCUCGCUAAAAAGAUGGUAUCCAGCUUCUAGUCCAAAAUUUCAACAAGGAACUAGCAAAAGUACCCAAUGACUCCGGUAGCAUUCGUACAUUGACGUCUUCAGGCGAGCUUUUCACGAUCGGCUUCCUCGCCGGAGACCCUUUCAAUCCACCGAGGUGUUUAUCGAGGCAUACCGAGAAAGAGGCAUCUCUUAUUAACUAGAUAGAUCCUCUUAGCAAGCCAAGUGCUAUCGCAUAUAGAUUAGAACCUCUCGAACACUGUACUGCAUCCAAUCUAGAUGUUGUUGCUGACUUGAUUUACUGGGAAAUGGCGACUUUCUUCCUAAAUGGUGAGAAAAGUAUUCACCGGCCCGAUAAGAGACGCUCCUUGACCACCGAGAACUUCGUAGUAUUGAUACCAUCAGCCUUGAAAAGUUAAUGCGUGCAACUAAUAUUCGACGUUAGUUGCUUGCCAGAGAGGUACUAGGAAUAUAUAUAUGUUUGCGAUAAUUGUAUCCGUUGAAGAUAUAUAUUACCAAACACAUGCUAGUACAUCGUCUUUCUCAAGUCCACUCCGCUUCCGAGGUGUUAGUACUAAUCAUAUCGCCCACAAUUCAUCGCAUUAUCUUGCUAGGUAGCGUUCUGGGUCGAAUGUUUUCGUUACCACGAGGAUGAGCACGAACCCAUAGCAGAUGAUGGUGCCAUGUCACGGGAUCUGCUGUUCAGGUGGACAUUGUCGGGUGGAGCCUCUUUGCAUACUAACAGUAAGAGGAAUUCGUAUUGUCCGAAUAUCAC